UAGCGGGUCCUGCCGUGGCGCCUCUCAGCAACGGGGAGAAUCAAAGAGAAGGAGGGAGCUCUUAAAGCAAGCUGAAAUCCCCCAAAUCACUAACACUCUGCAUGAUAUACCCCAUGGCAGCACUCCGGCUCGCUUCUUGGCCAUUUUGCAGGAUGGUGGGAUUUUGAAAAAAAAAAAAAAACACGCUUCUGUGAAGUGAACGCAGCGAAUUCAUGUAUUAAGAAUGACAGCAAAACACCUGAUGCCGGAUUGUCUCUUGAAGCGUAUUUUGUAGACGAAACCCUGUGAAGAAUUCGUCGACAUAAAACGAGGUCCGGUAUUAACAAAAAAAAUUGCUAGAUUUAUAGCUUACGGUAUGAAAAAAUAACCGAACACAAAGUAAUAAAACAGCGCGCUGCAAAAAAAAUUUAAAAAACUGCAUAUAGUCCCCACUGCAGAAACUAAAAAAAGAAGGGGCAAAGGACAUGUAAUCUUUAAAAAAUAAAGAGAAGGGAAGGCGAAAGCGAGAGGAGAGACUGGAUGAAGGAGCGCAGAUGCGCCCACGAGCGUCACCUUGCAUUGAAUGUCAGCGGUAUAGAAACGGAUAUUAUACUAAACCGUAACUAAAAGCGACGUUAUUGGAUUUAUGUGACAGGAUAGUAUAUGUUUCGUGUUUUCCCUGUUGCGACCAAUGGAUACUUUAUACAUUUUAUUUUUUAUGUGUUUUCCUUGGAUAUAAAAUUUUCCCGAUUGUUUUAAUUUCCCACGUCCUGUCGUGGCUACAGGCUGGUGAUAAUUUAAAGCGGCUAUUCAUUCACUUAUUUUGUCGGUCCGUGAUAUUUUUCUGUUGGUUUUAAAAACGUAUUAUUAUUAUUAUUAUUAUUAUUAUUGCUGCUGUUGUUAUUGUUGUUGUGUAAUUGCUGUCGGCGGUGUUGUCUUUUGGGGAGACGCAUUUGUUUCCCCAUCAUCACCUUUCAGUUUUAUAGCCGUCGCUCAUCUCUCCCAUCCCUUUCCUUACCCCUCCCCAUUCCCAAGCAUGUGUCGUUCAGGCGCUUCAGCGUUGCCUCUUGUCGGGUUAGCGUUGUAAUGCCGGGAACAUAUCCGAGACAUGCCUAAAGGGCGCGAUGGGCCAGGGCGACGAGAACGAUCGCAUUGUGAUAAACGUGGGAGGCAUCCGACACCAGACGUACCGCAGCACCCUGCGCACUCUGCCGGGCACCCGGCUCGCCUGGCUCGCCGAACCCGAUGCCCACAGCCACUUCGACUACGAUCCCAAGGUGGACGAGUUCUUCUUCGAUAGGCAUCCUGGUGUUUUUGCGCACAUCCUUAACUACUACCGGACCGGCAAGCUGCACUGUCCGGCUGAUGUGUGCGGGCCCCUAUACGAGGAAGAGUUGGCGUUUUGGGGCAUCGACGAGACUGACGUGGAGCCAUGCUGCUGGAUGACUUAUCGGCAACACCGAGACGCCGAGGAGGCGCUGGACAGCUUCGGUGGAGGAGCCCCCGACAUGGGCAAUGAAGAGGCGGAUGGGGACGGCAUGGCCGAUUCGGCUGACGGCGACGAAGAGCUGGAGAUGACCAGGAGACUGGCGCUUGGGGACUCUCCCGAUGCCAAGUCUGGACUGUGGCGGCGAUGGCAACCCAGGGUUUGGGCACUCUUUGAGGAUCCGUAUUCUUCUAAAUAUGCAAGGUGGGUGGCGUUUGCGUCGCUGUUCUUCAUCCUGGUGUCCAUCACCACGUUCUGCCUGGAGACGCACGAGGCCUUCAACCCCAUCACCAAUCGCACGGAAUGGGUGAAGGUGGACAACAUCACGACGGAGCACGUGUAUCAGGAGACCGAGACUGUGGUCUACCUCACCUACAUCGAGGGCGUGUGCGUAGUGUGGUUCACGUUUGAGUUCCUCAUCCGCGUCACCUUCUGUCCGGACAAGCUGGAGUUUGUCCGGAACACCCUCAAUAUUAUCGACUUUGUGGCGAUUCUGCCUUUCUACCUAGAGGUGGGGCUGAGUGGUCUGUCUUCCAAAGCGGCCAAGGAUGUAUUGGGCUUCCUGAGGGUGGUCCGCUUCGUGCGGAUCCUGCGAAUCUUCAAGCUGACCCGCCAUUUCGUGGGGCUUCGGGUCCUGGGCCACACACUGCGGGCCAGUACCAAUGAGUUCCUGCUGCUCAUCAUCUUCCUGGCUCUAGGAGUGCUGAUCUUUGCCACCAUGAUCUACUACGCUGAGCGCAUUGGCGCCAAGCCCAACGACCCGAGGGCCAGUGAACAUACACACUUCAAGAACAUUCCAAUUGGGUUUUGGUGGGCCGUGGUGACCAUGACCACCCUGGGGUAUGGUGAUAUGUACCCCCAGACGUGGUCUGGCAUGCUGGUGGGGGCGCUGUGUGCUCUAGCUGGCGUGUUGACCAUCGCCAUGCCUGUUCCCGUCAUCGUCAACAACUUCGGAAUGUACUACUCCUUGGCAAUGGCUAAACAGAAGUUACCAAAGAAAAAGAACAAGCAUAUUCCUAGAGCACCACAGCUUGGCUCGCCUAACUUCUGUAAGUCAGGUGUAAAUUCACCCCAUCACAGCACACAGAGUGACACCUGUCCCCUGGCACAAGAAGAGAUUAUAGAAAGGAACAGAGCAGAUCCAAAAUUGAACGGGGAAGCAGCUAAGGCGGCACUGGCAAAUGAAGACUGCCCUCAUAUAGACCAGGCCAUAUCCCCCGAGGACGGCCAGGUCUUUAGCCCGGGGGAGAGGAAUGAACCACCCUGUUUCUUGGUGUCCACGACCGAACGACCCAGCCACACAGGAGGAAGAGUAAGGAAGGUGCCCAGCCACAGGGUGACCAUUCUGGCCCCGUCACCAGCCGCCCACACUCACACAGUCAGCAAUCUGGUUGGAUGUGCUGUCACAGGGCACCCCAAGCUAGACUGUCUACCCUGCACAGCUCUGCAUUCUGGUUGGAUGUUCAGUCUGCUUUGACCUCCUCCACCGGGACCCCUCUGCAUUGCCCUUCCUACCUCCUCUUCCCUGUCAGCCUCCUACUCAUGCUGUCCCGCUCGACUUUAGGUUGAAAGACAAGCACUCACUGAGUUCUCACAGUCUGCCUCAUGUCUAAUUUACUCAUUUGUUUACGCAUUUAAACAGCCUACAAGGAAAGCAGAUCAUACAGUUACAUUUUUACAAGCAUGAUCAUUUUUCCGUCUCACGUCCUCAGUCUUUUUCUAAUCUUUCCUUCCAUCCUAUGAGAGGCAAUUAUCCAGGUUCCAGUAGAAUCCUUCUGUUUUCCUUCACGACAGAUACUUAUGGAUUCCAGCUCUGGUCUGAUCGUAACCCUCGCUUUUUCUUUGUUGUUCGUUUGUUUUUCUUGUUUUCCCUUUCUGUUUGUUUGUUUCUUUUUCCUACCAUCCCCAUACCCUCACUGUGCUAUGCCUCACAGCCUGUCCCUCCUUGGGGCGGUCCCUGGGAGAGGGACCCCUCGGCCCCCAGGUGUACCCUCUGCUGCAGCCAGGGUGGGUGCAUUGCCAGGAGGACAGCUGUGCCAGGCUUAAACAUUGAAGCCCCUCCCACACCAGAGUAAGACUCCAGCCACCGGCACUGAAGCCCCUCCCACCACACAAUGAAAGUCUAACUACCAGUGCCCACUCUACUAUGAUGCUGUACAGUCAAGAAGCCCCACCUACAAUUCAGUAACACUUUAACUACCAGUGAUGAAGCCCCUCCCAUAGUAUAAUAAGACUUUGUUCACCAGCACUGAAACCCCUCCCACAAUGCAGUAACACUCCGUUCACCAGCACUGAAGCCCCUCCCACAACACAGUAACACUCUGUUCACCACCAUUGAAGUUCCUCCCACAAUAGAGUAACAUUCUGUUCACCACUGCUGAAGCCCCUCCCACACUACAGUAACAUUGUCCACCUGUGCUAAAACCUCUGGCACAUUGUGGUAACACUCUGUCUACCAGCACUGAAGUCCCUCCCACACUACAGUGACACUUUAUCCACCAGUGCUGAAGCCCCCCCCACACUACAGUGACACUCUUCCCACCAGCACUGAAACCCCUCCCACACUACAGUGACACUCUUCCCACCAGCACUGAAACCCCUCCCACACUACAGUGACACUCUUCCCACCAGCACUGAAACCCCUCCCCCACUACAGUGACACUCUUCCCACCAGCGCUGAAGCCCCUCCCACAUUAUAGUCACACUCUUCCCACCAACACUGAAGCCCCUCCCACACUACAAUGACACUCUAUCUACCAGCACUGAAGCCCCCCCACACUACAAUGACACUUUAUCCACCAGCACUGAAACCCCUCCCCCACUACAGUGACACUCUUCCCACAAGCGCUGAAGCCCCCCCCACAAUACAAUGACACUCUUCCCACCGACACUGAAACCCCUCUCCCACUACAGUGACACUCUUCCCACAAGCGCUGAAGCCCCUCCCACACUACAAUGACACUCUUUCCACCAAUGAUGAAGCCUCCCCCACACUACAGUGACACUUUAGCCCCAGCGCUGAAGCCCCUCCCACACUACAGUGACACACUUCUCACCAGCGCUGAAGCCCCCUCCAACACUACAGUGACACUCUUCUCACCAGCGCUGAAGCCCCUCCAACACUACAGUGACACUCAUCCCACCAGCGCUGAAGCCCCUCCCACACUACAGUGACACUCAUCCCACCAGCGCUGAAGCCCCUCCCACACUACAGUGACACUCUUCUCACCAGCGCUGAAGCCCCUCCCACACUGCAGUGACAUUCUUCCCACCAGCGCUGAAGCCCCUCCCACACUACAGUGACAUUCUUCCCACAAGCGCUGAAGCCCCUCCCACACUAGAGUGACACUUUAGCCCCCAGCACUGAAGCCGCUCCCACACUACAGUGACACUCUCUCCACCAGCGCUGCAGCCCCUCCCACACUUCAGUGACACUUUUCUCACCAGCGCUGAAGCCCCCUCCAACACUACAGUGACACUCUUCUCACCAGCGCUGAAGCCCCUCCCACACUACAGUGACACUCUUCCCACCAGCGCUGAAGCCCCUCCCACACUACAGUGACACUCUUCUCACCAGCGCUGAAGCCCCCUCCAACACUACAGUGACACUCUUCCCACCAGCGCUGAAGCCCCUCCCACACUACAGUGACACUCUUCUCACCAGCGCUGAAGCCCCUCCCACACUACAGUGACACUCUUCCCACCAGCGCUGAAGCCCCUCCCACACUACAGUGACACUCUUCCCACCAGCGCUGCAGCCCCUCCCACACUUCAGUGACACUCUUCUCACCAGCGCUGAAGCCCCCUCCCACACUACAGUGACACUCUUCUCACCAGCGCUGAAGCCCCUCCCACACUACAGUGACAUUCUUCCCACAAGCGCUGAAGCCCCUCCCACACUAGAGUGACACUUUAGCCCCCAGCACUGAAGCCGCUCCCACACUACAGUGACACUCUCUCCACCAGCGCUGCAGCCCCUCCCACACUUCAGGGACACUUUUCUCACCAGCGCUGAAGCCCCCUCCAACACUACAGUGACACUCUUCUCACCAGCGCUGAAACCCCUCCCACACUACAGUGACACUCUUCCCACCAGCGCUGAAGCCCCUCCCACACUACAGUGACACUCUUCUCACCAGCUCUGAAGCCCCCUCCAACACUACAGUGACACUCUUCCCACCAGCGCUGAAGCCCCUCCCACACUACAGUGACACUCUUCUCACCAGCGCUGAAGCCCCUCCCACACUACAGUGACACUCUUCCCACCAGCGCUGAAGCCCCUCCCACACUACAGUGACACUCUUCCCACCAGCGCUGCAGCCCCUCCCACACUUCAGUGACACUCUUCUCACCAGCGCUGAAGCCCCCUCCCACACUACAGUGACACUCUUCUCACCAGCGCUGAAGCCCCUCCCACACUACAGUGACACUCUUCCCACCAGCGCUGAAGCCCCCUCCCACACUACGGUGACACUAUUACCACCAGUGCUGAAGCCCCUCCCACACUACAGUGACACUCUUCUCACCAGCGCUGAAGCCCCUACCACACUACAGUGACACUCUUCUCACCAGCGCUGAAGCCCCUCCCACACUACAGUGACACUCUUCUCACCAGAGCUGAAGCCCCUACCACACUACAGUGACACUCUUCUCACCAGAGCUGAAGCCCCUCCCACACUACAGUGACACUCUUCUCACCAGAGCUGAAGCCCCUACCACACUACAGUGACACUCUUCCCACCAGCGCUGAAGCCCCUCCCACACUACAGUGACACUCCUCCCCCCAAUGCUGAAGCCCCUCCCAUCUCAGACUUCAGCACAGUAGGAAGGUAGUAUUAAUGAUUAAGGUUUGCACGCCCAGCUGGAGGGCCUACGCUCUCACAGCACCAUCACUGCCAACAAUUAAUUCUUUUCAUUGGUCAGAUGGACCAGUAUUUAUUUGAGUGUGACCUCCUGCUCACUGUGAAGUUUUCAUGAAUCAGUGAGGCCCUUUCUCCAGCACGGCUCCUCUGGGGCUUUUUUGCAGUUCACUUAGGGGUUCAGUAAGUCCACUAAUUAACAACAAGCAGCCACAUUCACUCACCUAUGCUGUUCUGUCCUUAUUUCAGUGCACAACUUGAUCUGUGAGCAGUGCAUCUCAGAAAGGAUCAUCGUCCUUGUUCUCUAAACAUUGCAUUAUAUGCUACAGGAUUCUAGACCUGUGGAGUAUGUUUUCCUGAGAGAUUCAGCAAAUUCCUUACAGACAUUUGAUUUUUAAGUCGAUCUUUUGUUGCACAUACAUCCCACUUUGGUCUGGCUGCCCAAUUGCACCCUGGGACCUGCACACUUUUUAUUUUUUUGUCACUCAUGAUGCAUUGUCCUGAUCAAACACAUACUCUUGGCUGACUGAACAAUCCAGUUUUUUCAAAACCAAAUGCCUUAGCUAUGUGUCCUGUCCAUGAAUCAUUUAAAGUUCACAAUGACAAUAAAUUAAUUAGACUCAUACCAAACCUUAACUGAAAAAAAACAUUUACUGUCAAGAGGUCAAAGGCCUAUACUUGUAACAACAAAUAUUGCUCAAAUGAAAUGUGACACGCUGUUUUUUUCCCUGUAUACAUAUAUUUAUGUACAUAUUUUAUUGUGUCUAUGGAAAGAUGUAUGUAUUUUUGUGUGACAGUAUUUUUUCUGUUACUGCAUGCUUUUGAAUUGAUUAUGGGCCCAACACUGCAUGACAACUACUGCAGGUAGGGGGCACUGGAAUUGCAGUGGGUGGGCACGCACUGGUUCUGUCCUGUCAGUGCCCCUUUUGCACACUCAGGUGGUCUAUGACAGUUUUCCGUCAUUAUAAAUUUACUAUCAAAAAAUGAGUAGUUGGCAGCUGGAUUUGUGACGGGUGACUUUCGAUACCAGUGCUGCCCCUUCUCCACCACCCCCCUUGCCCCCUGCGCCCCUCCUUUGCAUGCUGAAUGGUUGUCAGACUGACAGCGCAUGAAGGACCAUGGUUUUGAAUUGGCUACAAUGUUUGUCAGUGCGUAAUCUGUUGCGCGAAAGCGAAGCUGUGGUCUAUACAAGACGCCCAUUCUGCUAGCUCAGAGCUCUCCCACCCGCCCCCCCCCCCCCUCCCCCGUACCUCAAGGUUACCCGAAGUCUUAGGGCCGUAAGAGCAUGGCAGGCAUGAAGUGCAAACACACAUUGUUUCCGGUGUGUCCUCAGCCCUGUCCUGCAGCGUGGUCUGUCUACUCAGCCGGUUGUGUUCCCCAUUGUUCUGCCAAAAUGUCGUGGAUCGACAGUGCAGAAAGGCCACUCUGGCCCAGGACCACCUCAUCCGCCUUCCCCGCACGGCGUCCAGUCCAGCUGUCUGUUUUCUUCUCUGUGGAGUCCUUGGUUUCCUCCCUUGCCCCUUAUCUAUGGAUAUAUAUGUUUGUUUAUGGUCAUCCUGAAAUCCCCAUUUAAGAACAACAAACACAGAGCGUCUACAGUAGAAGGAAGAGGGACAGAGUGGAAGAAAUGCUUCCCUAUGCCCUGGAUCAUGGAGGUCUCACACAGUGUCACAGGCUUUACACACUUACCUGUUUUGAGCUAUUAACAUAUUGUGUAUAUCUGUCGGUCUGAACAAACUAGAUAACUCAGACAAAACCAAGACACAAGCUUGACUUUUCAGAUGAAAGAGUGGACUGUCGUCUUGUUUAUAUCUUCAUUUUGGAUGUAAAUUUUUCAGUCUUCCUUUGUGAAAGCUUUCCUUUGGUUUACUGUCUUUAUUAGUUCCUUCUGUUGCUUAUACACCUUAUUCUUAUACACAUCUGUACUUCGGAAUCUUGUGCUUUUCCUUUCCAAUCUGCAAAACCUCAGACAUACACUCAGGCACUCAAACGGACCAUCAGAAGCAGAAACUGGGGGCUCUUAAUGCUAUUAAUUUUUCCUCUGCUUCCUCUAUCUAGUUCUGCUCUUACUGGUUCCCAGUUUUUGACGUUUUACCCCAUAUAUUUCUGGAGCUGAGUCUCUUGCUGUACCUGUCCCUUCUGUACCUUCCCUACCUGUAUGUGGUGUGCCCGUGUGUGUGGCACGGGGCUUGGGCUUGCAGGCUAUCGGAUGAGUGGCUCCCAGAAUGCACUGCAACCUCUCAUUCUUUACACCAGUGCCCCGCCCUCUAUGUCUCUUUCUCUCGGAAUCUCUCUCUUUAUGUCACCUGUCCUCUCUUUCUGCUCUUUUUGGAUUUUUUUAUCGUUCCUUAUUUUUUUAAAAAAGAAGUGUUUGCUACUGUUUUUUAACCCCUUCCACUUGUCUUGCUGUCUUGAACAAAAACGACUCCUUUCUAUGGCUGGCUGAAGCUGAGCAUCGCCCUGUAUUUUUUACCACAGAUCCCUGUAAGGAGGAGACCCUCCUCAUUACAUACAGGCAAGCCGAGGCUCUCACAGUAACCUGACCGGGGCCCCCUGUUGUCUAGAAUCCACUGCGCGGGUCACAUGAUUCCACUAUGACGUGGGGACACUAGCAGACUCUGAGCGGGCAGAGGGACCGAGGAGCAUGGGAGCGAAUCACGUGAUGCGCCACGCACCUCUCACUGAAAGACACGCCAUCGAUACCUUUCUUUUUUUUCCAACGAGGGAAGAUGAAGAACUGAGGAGUUCAGUCGUUUUCAGAUGCGGACUAAUACAGAAAGAGGAUGGUGGCACACUUUUCCUGAAGAGGAUGGCAGAGAAAAAAUGGGCAGAAAAUUCAUACAAGUAAAAUAAGCAAAAAGGUCAAUAGCAACUGCUAACAAAAACAACAAUAAUACCUAUAUUAUAAUAGGAUAAAUAAGACUACAGAACUCUUGAUUGUUUAGCAUGAGCUGCAUGGUAAAUAAUAUAAAAGACAAGAACUGUAAUUGUAAUGUAUAUGUAAGAAAAUAUAUUUUCCUUUCGAAUUCCUUAUCCUUUAAGAUCUUACUUUUACAUACAUUUAAUGUAGCCAGAACACAUGAAGGUACAGUGUAUAGCUUUACUUUGACAGCCAACUUUUCAGGCGAAUCGUCUUUUCAUUAGGCGAAGUUAUUUCGACGAGGCAGCUCUGAUCACGCCGACGCGACCUUUCGCUCCUUCUCCACGGAAUGCGCGGAUGACGAAAAAGGAGGGAAGACCGCUUGUCGCGUGGUGUUCGAAACACAGGUCGACUUACAGUACAAUGCAUGCGUGUUACCCGUCAGGCAGCAUGAGGACACACCAGCUGGGUGACACGGCGAGUCCCGUGUGCGUUCUAUCCUUGUCAGUGUUUGUAAUUAUUUAUGUGUAGAUCCCAGAGGAACUCUUCACUUUAACGAGACCCUGUUCAUAUCACACAUCCAAUAUGUACUUUUAACAGUAUUAUUUUUAGAAGAAGACAGGAAACAAAAAAUAUAUAUAUAUAAAAAAAUGUCAGGGGAGAGAACGAAGGCAUUUUUACCGUUCUUUCUGGCUUCAGACAAGUGAAAAAGAUAUAAAAGCCGAAAAAAAAACGCAAGAGCAUUGUAUGCAAUUUAAUACUAUGAGCAAAGCGAAUGCAUGCACUGUUAUGCAAAAUUAGUAAAUAAAUAACAGACGUUCUAUAAGAAAAAGUUACGCAUGAAAUAAAUUUUGUAUCAAACCUGCAUUGUGUCUUUUUUCAUGGGAUGUGCAAAGACAUUUUUCCCUUUCUUCCCUUUGGUGGAAAUGGCUCCUCUUUGACUGCGUGGCCGUGCGCUAUCUGGGGUCAAAGAGCAGCUAAUUGAAAGGAAUGAAAAAGAGAAAAGGCACUGGAGGCCUAGGGGGCUGUGACUGGCAGAGCAACAGCAUGGUGAUGAUGCGUGCAGCAUGGCGAUGACCUCACCCCAUCUGCCUUUUACAGAGCAUGGUCGCCCAUCAGGCUAACCCGACCACAUGCGUAGGUAGAGAAUGCGGACUUACACAUGCAUGGAAGCAGACGGCGCUAACCAGGCCACAUGUGUACGUAGAGAGUGCGAUCUCACGCAUGCAUGGGAGCGGACGACGCUGACCUGACUACAUGCAUCAGGUAGAGAACGCAACCUCACACAUGGAAGAUUCCCAUCCACAUCGGGUACACGUGCACGGGCAGGGACCUCACACGAGCAUGGGAGAGGGUACCAAAACGUCAGGUGUACGAAUUACAGCCUCACGUACAGACGACUGUCACCUGACACCAUGCGCAGGCAGCGAACGUGAUUCCGCACAUGCAUCGCAGCAGAUGAUGCAAGCCUGACCCCAUGCAUAGGCAGAAAAUGCGAUGUCACACAUGCAUGGGGGCUGAUGAACCUACUAACCUGAGCCCAUGCGUAGGUAGAAAAAUGCAACAUGCAUGGGAGUACAUGGUAAACCACAUUCUUACCAUGGGAGAGCAGAGCACUUUUUUGCACCCUAGAGAUUUGUGUCACUUUGCGUAACCCCUCCCCCCGCCCCCUGCCUUGCAGUUCCGAACGGCAUCCAUCAUUCUCAUCACUCCUCUUCCCUCCCGGUUGGAUUAUAACACUGUUGUUUGUUGUUGUUGUUUUCUUCUUCGUGUUUUUAGAGAGCCAACGACUGGGCCGCCGCAGACCUCCCUCAGAGUCAGUGUGUGUAAUGAACCAUGGUGUCCCAACCACUAUAUGUAUGACCAAUGCCAACCCACCCCCCACCUGAUUACGGUGUAGUGUGUUUGUGUGUAUAGACGAGCGUUGCCAUGACGACGUGGACUAAGGGGACUGGCGAGGAGCGAGCUCGGCGUAGAUGUUCCAUCGAUAGAUCUUUGUUUUUUCCCGCCCCAUUUAGCUUUAUGCUCUGUACUCGUGCCUUGUUAUAGUGAUCGUAAUGUGCCUGUUUGUGCAUAUAUGUGUGUGUCACCGCUAUGCAUAUGCUUCCUUUCUGCCUCCACUGGCUGAAGCCCCGUGAGAGGAGUAGACACGGAUUUUGCGCUGAUGUUGCCGCAUUCCCCGACGAUAACAAUCACUUUCACCAUGAGUAACUGUGGAAACCGAACAUGACAUAGUGUUGUGCGUUCUCUUGUACUGUGAUUGACACAUCAUAGUUGCCUUUUGCUAUGUUUGCACCGGUGAACCCUGAAAUACAGUAAAAUGAAGGAAAUGAGGUUUUUAGGGUGUGAGGCUAUUUUGACGUACCAGGAGCUACCCACGGCAUUUACAAACAAACGUGUCUUAUUUUUAGAGAUUGUAGCGAUAAUCUAAACAAAUAGGGACCAAGAACAUUGCGUGUAGCUAAAUGAAUACAGGUGGAAAAUAUAUUAGGAAGCUGUUACAGAACCCUUAAGGAAGAUAUCCAGACCUAUAUAUAACUGAUAAACCUUUAACUGCAUUGAGAAAUGACCGAAUUAAAAGUAGGGCUAAUUUACUCAUUUUAGCAACAUCGCCUCAUAAUGAUGCUACUGCAGCCUGCGUAACAUGAGUCAAUCUAAGGUUUGCAUUUCCUGAUAUACUGUAGGUAUCUUUUUAAGACACGGGUAAAAUUGAAUAGAAAAUAUAAUUAACUUGUUUACAAUAUUAAUGUGUAACCACAUAUGUUGACACAAAUUCGAGAAGGAUAUAAGCAGUGAAGGACACUCCUUACACUAUUUGCAAAAUGGCUAAUGUAACGUAUAGUUUGUCUUUUAGACCUCAUUAUUUACUCCUUUCAUAUGUAGUUUUAAGAUGUAUUAGAUUUAAAUGCCGUUCUUUAUUUUUGUAGAAAAAUAAUCUCAUAGUGCCACAUCCCACAAUAGUCUCUAAGAGGGUGUAGCCAUCCUCUCUUAAAAGGGAUGGGGUCUCAGUCUUGGGAAGGUACGGCUUUCCUCUUUUAGUGAUUGCAGCCUCCUGCUAUCGGAAGGUGUGGCCUUCCCCUUUAAAUGGGCAUGGCCUAGUUCUCUGCGGAAGCAAGAUCACUGCCUAUCUGUCUUCGUGCUCCUCAACAUCCUCUGUUCAGUUGAUGUUUUUAUCUUGCCUGAAUCUAGCUUGGUUGAAUUAGGUACUAUAUUGAGUAGUGAUGUACUGUUGUUCGGUAAAUUUUGUCUCACAUUGUUUGAGUUCGGCAUUUUAAAUGCCGUGUAACUGUAUUCAGUGAAGUAGAGUAAGACAUGCUUCGAUAAAAGCAUGAGUGAAUAAAACAAGUGGUGCACUAUAUUUAGGUUUAAUAGCAGUGCUAAGUUUUCUUGCCACGCACAUAAAUUUACACUUGACACCAACAGCCUGUCACUGCCAUGAUACAGCAAUGGACAUCUAAGCAAAUGUGUGUGGUUAUUUACUUUGGACUUUAUAUAGGGGUACUUAAUAGAAGUCUGCAGUGUCUGAUGAUUCACUGCAAUAUUCCCAGGGAGCAAUGAGAUCGACAUGAUGCACUGGGGUCUAAUUCAAAGCAUAGCUCCCAUUGGUAGGGGAUUUUAUCACAGGUUACUCUCACUGUUCUUGGAUAGACAGAGAUACUGGGUGAAUGGAGCUCAGGACUGGUACCUAACAGUGAGUUUGGAGAAAAUGCCAAGUUUGUGAAAGGUCAUUUGACAGAACGCUGGAUUGUUCUUGUAAAUGUUCAAAAAGCCAAUUCAGUAACCAAUACUUUCCUCAUUGAUCCUGGACCAUGAUCUAAACAAAGCUACUGUAGAAACACUGCCACUCUGAUGACAGUCAGAUGUCUCCACUUCCCCAGCCAUCCCUGCACACACGUGACCAAAGGCAGGGAACGUGGAUCAGAGCACAGACGCAUCACGGAAUCCACCCGGGUUUUAACUGCCGGUCGAGUAUGGGUGCCAUCCAUGAAGUCAUGGAUCAUCUGCUAGCCGAUACACCUAUGAGCAGUGGAGAAGCAUGAUUAUGUUUGUUCAGUGGAAUGUGCACAAAUCCAGGUGCUUCUAUAUCCGUGGUUUGUAUUGAAUUCCUUUGGUCCACAAUGCAUUUCUCUGUCAUUUCCUCUUUGAUUCCAACAAUGGCUUAAAUAUGAAUAAAUGCAAAAAUGUAUAAAAUCCAAA